AUUGGCAGCAGCUGGCAAGACUUACAACAAUUCUAUAACUAUGCGUAGAGGUGUUGAUUUUCUUCUUAAAUCACAAAGAGAGGAUGGUGGUUGGGGUGAAAGUUAUCGUUCUUGCCCAGAAAAGAAAUACAUACCUCUUGAAGGAAACAAGUCAAAUUUAGUUCACACUGCAUGGGCUAUAAUGGGUUUAAUUCAUGGUGGACAGGCAGAAAGAGACCCAACUCCUAUUCACCAUGCAACUAAGUUGAUAAUUAAUUCUCAACUAGAAGAUGGUGAUUUUCCCCAACAGGAAAUUACAUGAGUGUUUAUGAAGAACUGCAUGUUACAUUACGCAAUGUAUAGAAAUAUUUUUCCACUGUGGGCUCUUGUUGAAUACCGAA